CUUUAUCUCCCCAUCCACAGGGAGUCUGCAGCCCUGGGUCACUCACCAGGCAGCAGUUCCUGGGGAGCAUGGCCUAGGGCUGCUGCACUACCGCGGAGGCUGAGUUUCCCAAGGGGCCUCAGAGAGACGGCAGCCGCAGCCCCUUUGCAGGAGAAGAUGGUUCCUGUCAGGCUUGCGAGGGUGCUGCUUGCUCUGGCCCUCACCUUGCCAGGGGCCCUCUGUGGAGAAGAGACGCUUGGCAAAUCUUUGAUGGCCCGAUGCAGCCUCUUCGGAAGCAAUUUCAUCAACACCUUUGACCAGAGCAUGUACAGCUUUGCAGGAAGCUGCAGUUACCUCCUGGCUGGGGACUGCCAGAAACACUCCUUCUCCAUCAUUGGGGACUUCCAAGAUGGCAAGAGAGUGGGCCUGUCUGUGUAUCUUGGAGAAUUUUUUGACAUCCACGUGUUUGUCAAUGGCACCGUGCUGCAGGGGGACCAAAGCAUCUCCACGCCCUAUGCCAGCAAAGGGCUGUAUCUGGAAUCCCAGGCUGGGUACCACACGCUGUCCAGCAAGGCCUACGGCUUUGUGGCCAGAAUUGAUGGGAGCGGCAACUUUCAAGUCCUGCUGUCAGACAGAUACUUCAACAAGACCUGCGGGCUCUGCGGCGACUUUAACAUCUUCUCUGAAGAUGACUUUAAGACUCAGGAGGGGACCCUGACCUCGGACCCCUACAGCUUUGCCAACUCUUGGGCUCUGAGCAGUGGGGAGCAGCACUGCCAGCGGGCAGCCCCUCCCAGCAUCUCGUGCAACAUCUCCUCUGAAACGCAGAAGGGCCUGUGGGAGCAGUGCCAGCUUCUGAAGAGUGCCUCGGUGUUCGCCCGCUGCCACCCCCUGGUGGACCCCGAGCCUUUCGUGGCCCUGUGUGAGAAGAUGCUGUGUCCGUGUACCCAGGGGCUGCAGUGCCCGUGCCCCGCGCUCCUGGAGUAUGCCCGGGCUUGUGCCCAGCAGGGCAUGCUGCUCUACGGCUGGAUGGACCACAGCUUGUGCCGGCCGGACUGCCCCGCCGGCAUGGAGUACAGGGAGUGCGUGUCCCCCUGCACCAGGACCUGCCAGAGCCUGCACAUCAACGAAGUGUGUCAGGAGCAGUGCGUGGAUGGCUGCAGCUGCCCUGAGGGACAGCUCCUUGACGAUGGCCGCUGCGUGGAGAGUGCUGAGUGUUCCUGCGUGCAUUCUGGGAAGCGGUACCCUCCAGGCGCCUCCCUCUCGCGAGACUGCAACACUUGCAUUUGCCGAAACAGCCUGUGGGUCUGCAGCAACGAGGACUGUCCAGGGGAGUGUCUCGUCACAGGACAAUCCCACUUCAAGAGCUUCGACAACAGACACUUCACCUUCAGCGGGGUCUGCCAGUACCUGCUGGCCCGUGACUGCCAGGACCACACCUUCUCCGUCAUCAUAGAGACGGUCCAGUGUGCCGACGACCCCGAUGCGGUCUGCACCCGCUCGGUCACCGUCCGCUUGCCCAGCCCGCACAACAGCCUCGUGAAGCUGAAACACGGGGGAGGAGUGGCCAUGGAUGGCUGGGAUGUCCAGAUCCCCUUCCUGCAAGGUGACCUCCGCAUCCAGCACACCGUGAUGGCCUCCGUGCACCUCAGCUAUGGGGAGGACCUGCAGAUAGACUGGGACGGCCGCGGGAGGCUGCUGGUGAAGCUGUCCCCCGUCUACGCGGGGAGAACGUGCGGCCUGUGCGGGAAUUACAACGGCAACCAGGGCGACGACUUCCUGACGCCCGCCGGCCUGGUGGAGCCCCUGGUGGAGCACUUCGGCAACGCCUGGAAGCUGCACGGGGACUGCGAGGACCUGCGGAAGCAGCCCACCGACCCCUGCAGCCUCAACCCGCGCCUGACCAGGUUCGCGGAGGAGGCCUGCGCCAUCCUGACGUCCCCGAAGUUCCAGGCCUGCCACGACGCCGUGGGGCCGCUGCCCUACCUGCAGAACUGCCACUACGACGUGUGCUCCUGCUCCGACGGCAGGGACUGCCUGUGCGACGCGGUGGCCACUUACGCGGCGGCCUGUGCCCGGCGAGGCGUGCACAUCGGCUGGCGGGAGCCGGGCUUCUGUGCACUGAGCUGCCCCCCGGGCCAGGUGUACCUGCAGUGCGGGACCCCCUGCAACCUCACCUGCCGCUCCCUGUCUUACCCGGAUGAGGAAUGCGCUGAGGACUGCCUGGAGGGCUGCUUCUGCCCCCCAGGGCUCUACCUGGAUGGGAGCGGGGACUGCGUGCCCAAGGCCCAGUGCCCCUGCUACCAUGACGGCGAGAUCUUCCAGCCCGAGGACAUCUUCUCAGACCAUCACACCAUGUGCUACUGUGAGGAUGGCUUCAUGCACUGCUCCAGGGCCGGAGCCCCGGGGAGCCUGCAGCCCGAGGUGGUUCUCAGCAGCCCCCUGUCCCACCGCAGCAAGAGGAGUCUGAGCUGCCGGCCCCCCAUGGUCAAGCUGGUGUGUCCCCCUGACAACCCCAGGGCUGAAGGGCUCGAGUGUGCCAAGACCUGCCAGAACUACGACCUGGAGUGUGUGAGCACAGGCUGCGUGUCUGGCUGCCUCUGCCCUCCGGGCAUGGUCCGGCAUGAGAACAGGUGUGUGGCCCUGCAAAGGUGUCCCUGCUUCCACCAGGGCAGAGAGUACGCCCCGGGGGAGACGGUCAAGGUUGACUGCAACACUUGUGUCUGUCGGGACCGGAAGUGGAACUGCACGGACCACGAGUGCGAUGCCUCGUGCUCGGCGCUGGGCCUGGCCCACUACCUCACCUUCGACGGGCUCAAGUACCUAUUCCCCGGAGAAUGCCAGUACGUCCUGGUGCAGGAUUACUGUGGCAGCAACCCUGGGACCUUCCGGAUCCUGCUGGGGAACGAGGGGUGCGGCUACCCCUCCCUGAAAUGCAGGAAGCGAGUCACCAUCCUUGUGGACGGAGGAGAGAUUGAGCUGUUUGAUGGGGAGGUGAUGGUGAAGAAGCCCCUGAAGGAUGAGACUCACUUCGAGGUGGUGGAAUCCGGCCGGUUCAUCACUGUGCUGCUGGGCUCCGGCCUGUCCGUGGUCUGGGACCGCCAUCUGGGCAUCUCUGUGUUCCUGAAGCAGACGUACCAGGAGCAGGUGUGUGGCCUGUGUGGGAAUUUCGACGGCGUCCAGAACAACGACCUCACCGGCAGCAGCCUCCAGGUGGAGGAAGACCCCGUGGACUUUGGGAAUUCCUGGAAAGUGAGCCCGCAGUGCGCUGACACCAGAAAAGUGCCACUGGACACGUCCCCGGCCACCUGCCACAACAACGUCAUGAAGCAGACGAUGGUGGAUUCCUCCUGCAGGAUCCUUACCAGCGACAUUUUCCGGGACUGCAACAGGCUGGUGGACCCUGAGCCCUAUCUGGAUGUUUGCAUCUAUGACACCUGCUCCUGCGAGUCCAUUGGGGACUGUGCCUGCUUCUGUGACACCAUUGCUGCCUACGCCCAUGUGUGUGCCCAGCACGGCAAGGUGGUGACCUGGAGGACAGCCACGUUGUGCCCCCAGAACUGCGAGGAGAGGAACCUGCGGGAGGACGGCUACCAGUGUGAGUGGCGCUACAACAGCUGCGCCCCUGCCUGCCCCGUCACCUGCCAGCACCCCGAGCCGCUGGCGUGCCCCGUGUCCUGUGUGGAGGGCUGCCACGCCCACUGCCCUCCCGGGAAAAUCUUGGACGAGCUUUUGCAGACCUGCGUCAGCCCCGAAGACUGCCCUGUGUGUGAGGCAGCCGGCCGGCGCUUAGCCCCCGGGAAGAAAAUCACCUUGAACCCCAGGGACCCUGCGCACUGCCAGAUUUGUCACUGUGAUGGUGUCAAUCUCACCUGUGAAGCCUGUGCGGAAUCGGUGGGCCUGGCGGUGCCCCCCACAGAAGGCCCGGUCAGCCCCACCACCCCCUAUGAGGAGGACACGCCAGAGCCGCCGCUGCACGACUUCUUCUGCAGCAAACUUCUGGACCUGGUCUUCCUGCUGGACGGCUCUGACAAGCUGUCCGAGGCCGACUUCGAGGCCCUGAAGGUCUUCGUGGUAGGCAUGAUGGAACACCUGCACAUCUCCCAGAAGCGCAUCCGCGUGGCGGUGGUGGAGUACCACGACGGCUCCCACGCCUACAUCUCGCUCCAGGACCGAAAGCGGCCCUCGGAGCUGCGGCGCAUCGCCAGCCAGGUGAAGUACGCGGGCAGCGAGGUGGCUUCCAUCAGCGAGGUUUUGAAGUACACGCUCUUCCAAAUCUUCGGCAGGGUCGACCGGCCCGAAGCCUCCCGUAUAGCCCUGCUGCUCAUGGCCAGCCAGGAGCCACGCCGGCUGGCCCAGAACUUGGCCCGCUACCUCCAGGGCCUGAAGAAGAAGAAGGUCACCGUGAUCCCGGUGGGCAUCGGACCCCACGUCAGCCUCAAGCAGAUCCGCCUCAUCGAGAAGCAGGCCCCGGAGAACAAAGCCUUUGUGGUCAGCGGUGUGGACGAGCUGGAGCAGCGCAAGAAAGAGAUCAUCAGCUACCUCUGCGACCUCGCCCCGGAAGCGCCCGCCCCUACGCAGCCUCCCCUAGUGGCCCAAGUCACUGUGGCGCCUGAGCUCCCCGGGGUUUCGACGCUCGAACCCAAGAAGAGAAUGGUCUUGGAUGUGGUGUUUGUGCUGGAAGGGUCCGACAAGGUCGGCGAGGCCAACUUCAACAGGAGCACGGAGUUUGUGGAGGAAGUGAUCCGGCGGAUGGACGUGGGCCGGGACAGUAUCCACGUCACGGUGCUGCAGUACUCGUACGUGGUGGCCGUGGAGCACUCCUUCAGGGAGGCGCAGUCCAAGGGGGAAGUCCUGCAGCGGGUGCGGGAGAUCCGCUUCCAGGGCGGCAACAGGACCAACACUGGGCUGGCCCUGCAGUACCUGUCGGAGCACAGCUUCUCGGCCAGCCAGGGGGACCGGGAGGAGGCGCCCAACCUGGUCUACAUGGUCACAGGAAACCCUGCCUCGGAUGAGAUCAAGCGGAUGCCGGGAGACAUCCAGGUGGUGCCCAUCGGGGUGGGCCCCAGCGUGGACAUGCAGGAGCUAGAGCGCCUCAGCUGGCCCAAUGCCCCCAUCUUCAUCCAGGACUUUGAGACCCUCCCGCGAGAGGCCCCUGAUCUGGUGCUGCAGAGAUGCUGCUCGGGGAAGGGGCCGCACCUCCCAACCCAAGCCCCUGUGCCAGACUGCAGCCAGCCCCUGGAUGUGGUCCUCCUCCUGGACGGCUCCUCCAGCCUUCCGGCUUCCUACUUUGACGAAAUGAAGAGCUUCACCAAGGCCUUCAUCUCAAAAGCCAAUAUCGGCCCUCAGCUCACCCAGGUGUCUGUGCUCCAGUACGGAAGCAUCACCACCAUCGACCUGCCGUGGAACAUGCCUCUGGAGAAAGCCCAUUUACGGGGCCUUGUGGACCUCAUGCAGCGGGAGGGAGGCCCCAGCCAAAUAGGGGAUGCCUUGGGCUUUGCGGUGCGCUACGUCAUGUCCCAAGUCCAUGGGGCCAGGCCUGGGGCCUCGAAAGCAGUGGUCAUCGUGGUCAUGGAUACCUCCACGGAUUCAGUGGAUGCAGCAGCUGCCGCCGCCAGAUCCAACCGAGUGGCAGUGUUCCCCAUUGGAAUCGGGGACCGAUAUGACGAGGCCCAGCUGAGGACCUUGGCAGGCCCGGGGGCCAGCUCCAACGUGGUGAAGCUCCAGCGAAUCGAAGACCUCCCCGCCCUGGUCACCCUGGGCAACUCCUUCCUCCACAAGCUGUGCUCUGGGUUCGUCAGAGUCUGCAUAGAUGAGGAUGGGAGUGAGAGGAAGCCUGGGGAUGUCUGGACCUUGCCGGAUCAGUGCCACACAGUGACUUGCCUGCCAGAUGGCCAGACCUUGCUGAAGAGUCACCGGGUCAACUGUGACCAGGGGCUGCAGCCCUCAUGCCCCAGCAACCAGCCCCCUAUCAGGGUGGAAGAGGCCUGCGGCUGCCGCUGGACCUGCCCCUGUGUAUGCACUGGCAGUUCCACUCGGCACAUUGUGACCUUUGAUGGGCAGAACUUCAAGCUGAUGGGCAACUGCUCGUACGUCCUGUUUCACAACAAGGAGCAGGACCUGGAGGUGAUUCUCCAUAACGGUGCCUGUGGCACCGGGGCCCGGCAGGCCUGCAUGAAAUCCAUCGAGGUGAAGCACAACGGCCUCUCGGUGGAGCUGCACAGAGACAUGGAGGUGGUGGUGAAUGGGAGACAGGUCUCUGUCCCUUACGUGGGUGGGAACAUGGAGGUCGGCAUCUACGGCACCAUCAUGUAUGAGGUCAGAUUCAACCACCUGGGCCACAUCCUCACCUUCACCCCUCAAAACAAUGAGUUCCAGCUGCAGCUGAGCCCCAAGACCUUUGCCUCAAAGAUGUACGGUCUCUGUGGGAUCUGUGAUGAGAAUGGGGCCAAUGACUUCAUGCUGAGGGAUGGCACAGUCACCACGGACUGGAAGACGAUGGUCCAGGAGUGGGCAGUGCAGCAGCCGGGCCAGAUGUGCCAGCCGGUUCCCAAGGAGCAGUGUCCUGUCUCCGGGGGCUACCAGUGCCAGGUCCUCCUCUCAGCGCUGUUUGCCGAGUGCCACAAGGUCCUUGCUCCAGCCGCAUAUUUCGCCAUCUGCCAGCAGGACAGUUGCCACCAGGAGCAAGUGUGUGAGGCAGUUGCCUCUUAUGCCCACCUCUGUCGGACCAAGGGUGUGUGUGUCGACUGGAGGACCCCUGAUUUCUGUGCCGUAUCGUGCCCACCAUCCCUGGUCUACAACCACUGUGAGCACGGCUGCCCCCGGCACUGUGAGGGCAAUUCGAGCUCCUGUGGGGACCAUCCCUCUGAAGGCUGCUUCUGCCCCCCGCACCAAGUGAUGCUGGGAAGCAGCUGUGUCCCCGAGGAGGCCUGCACCCAGUGUGUUGGUGAUGAUGGGAUCCGGCACCAGUUCCUGGAAACCUGGGUCCCGGACCACCAGCCCUGCCAGAUCUGCACCUGCCUCAGUGGUCGGAGGGUCAACUGCACAUUGCAGCCCUGCCCCACGGCUAGAGCUCCCGCUUGCGGCCUGUGUGAGGUGGCCCGUCUCCGCCAGGGAGCUCACCAGUGCUGCCCCGAGUACGAGUGUGUGUGUGACCUGGUGAGCUGUGACCUGCCCCCAGUGCCGCACUGCGAAGGUGGCCUCCAGCCGACACUGACCAAUCCCGGCGAGUGCAGACCCAACUUCACCUGUGCCUGCAGGAAGGAGGAAUGCCCGAGGGGGCCCUUGCCCUCCUGCCCCCCGCAUCGCACGCCGGCCCUCCGGAAGACCCAGUGCUGUGACGAGUAUGAGUGUGCUUGCAACUGUGUCAACACCACCCUGAGCUGCCCGCUGGGGUACCUGGCCUCGACCGUCACCAAUGACUGUGGCUGUACCACGACCACCUGCCUUCCUGACAAGGUGUGUGUCCACCGGGGCACCGUCUACCCUGUGGGCCAGUUCUGGGAGGAGGGCUGUGACGUGUGCACCUGCACAGACCUGGAGGAUGCCGUGAUGGGCCUGCGUGUGGCCCAGUGCGCUCAGAAGCCCUGUGAAGACAGCUGCCGGCCGGGCUUCACUUACGUCCUCCACGAAGGCGAGUGCUGUGGGAAGUGCCUGCCGUCUGCCUGCAAGGUGGUGAUCGGCUCCUUUCGGGGAGACUCCGUCUCCUAUUGGAAGAGUGUUGGCUCGCACUGGGCCUCCCCCGAGAACCCCUGCCUCAUCAACGAGUGUGUCCGGGUCAAGGAGGACGUCUUUGUGCAACAGAGGAAUGUCUCCUGCCCAAUGCUGGACGUCCCCACCUGCCCCGUGGGCUUCCAGCUGAGCUGCAAGACCUCGGGCUGUUGCCCCACCUGUCGCUGUGAGCCCGUGGAGGCCUGUCUACUCAACGGCACCAUCAUUGGGGCCGGGGAGAGUCUGAUGAUUGAUGUAUGCACGACCUGCCGCUGCAUGCUCCAGGAGGGGGUCGUCUUCGGAUUCAAGCUGGAGUGCAAGAAGACCACCUGUGAGGCCUGCCCCCUGGGAUACAAGGAAGAGAAGAUGCCGGGGGAAUGCUGCGGGAGAUGCCUGCCUACGGCUUGCACCAUUCAGCUACGAGGGGGACAGAUCAUGACACUGAAGCGCGAUGAGACGCUCCAGGAUGGCUGUGACAGUCACUUCUGCAGGGUCAACGAGAGAGGCGAGUACAUCUGGGAGAAGAGGAUCACGGGCUGCCCACCUUUUGAUCAACACAAAUGUCUGGCCUCGGGGGGGAAAAUCAUGAAAAUUCCAGGCACAUGCUGUGACACAUGUGAGGAGCCCGAGUGCAAGGACAUGACGGCCAGGCUGCAAUACGUCAAGGUGGGAAACUGCCGGUCUGAAGAGGAGGUGGACAUUCAUUACUGCCAGGGAAAAUGCACCAGCAAAGCCGUGUACUCCAUCGACACCGAGGACGUGGAGGACCAGUGUGCCUGCUGCUCGCCCACGCGGACAGAACCCAUGCAGGUGCCCCUGCGCUGCACCAACGGCUCCACCAUCUACCACGAGGUCCUCAACGCCAUCCAGUGCAAGUGCUCCCCCAGGAAAUGCAGCAAGUGAGGCGCUGCCCCGAGCGGACUCCCGCUGCCACCCGCCUUGGCGACCCCUGCCCUGCGCAUGCGCGCUCUGCUCCAAUAGCCUCCUGGGCCCACAAUAAAGGCCGAGCUGUGUCCUCUUG